AUGCAGCAGAGAACAGCAGAGAUGAGCGGCAGAGGAAAAGGAGGAAAAGGACUCGGUAAAGGAGGCGCUAAACGCCACCGUAAAGUCCUCCGGGACAACAUCCAGGGAAUUACUAAGCCCGCCAUCCGCCGUCUGGCUCGCCGCGGGGGAGUAAAGCGGAUCUCUGGUCUGAUCUACGAGGAGACACGCGGUGUGCUCAAGGUUUUCCUGGAGAACGUCAUCCGUGACGCCGUCACCUACACCGAGCACGCCAAGAGGAAGACCGUGACCGCCAUGGACGUGGUCUACGCCCUGAAAAGACAGGGCCGCACCCUGUACGGCUUCGGAGGUUAAAUCACCAUCUUUAUUAAAAACGGCUCUUUUCAGAGCCACACGCUUCAUCCACAGAGCUCUGAUCUCAUUAAACACGGUGAUGAUAUUACUGGCGGUACUUCAUUGUCAGGACGUUCUCAAUAAAGAUGGUUUAUGGGUACAAUGUGUUUAAAAUUAUUACUCU